GACAACUGCCGUUGCGCUCAGUGCGUAAACCAGGAUACUCUGCAGCGCAACUUUGACACCUUUGCGAUACCCAAGGACAUUUCGCCUACGGAGAUUUCGGCCAAGGCUGAAGGUGUUGACAUAUUGUGGUCGGACUCUCAUAGAAGCCACUAUACUUGGUCUUGGCUGCGUAGCAAUGUCCAGAGUACCCAACCUAAGGAGCUCUUAAACCAAGAGAGCUUAUGGGGCGCAGCCAUAUCCUCAGCUCCCCCAGAGGUCGACUUUGAGAAUGUCAUGAGCAGCGGCUCUUCCACGGGGAUGGCCGAGCUGACCAGCAAGAUUCGCCAAUACGGGUUCUGUUUCGUCGUCAACUCUCCCAAGACUCCAGAAGACACGGAGAAGCUCCUCGAAAGCAUUGGCCCCAUUCGAAACACUCAUUACGGCGGCUUCUACGACUUCAUCCCCGAUCUGGCCCUUGCUGAUACGGCCUACACCAAUCUGGCCCUCCCAGCACACACGGACACGACAUACUUUACAGAGCCUGCCGGACUACAAGCAUUCCACCUGCUGUCCCAUACACCGCCCACGAACAAGCCCGCUUCCGAGGUCUUGGGUGGACAAUCACUGCUGGUGGAUGGGUUUUAUGCUGCCGAGACCCUGAGGAGAGAGUCGCCAGAAGACUUUGAGAUACUGCGCAGCGUCAAGCUCCCAUGGCAUGCAAGCGGCAAUCAGGGAGUGGCGAUUGCACCGGACAUGGCAUACCCCGUGAUUGAGGUCAGCGGUGACAAGCUGCACAGGAUCCGAUGGAACAACGAUGAUCGCGGUGUUGUCCCCUUGGAUGUCGACGUUGAUGCGUGGUACGAAGCGGCACGAAAAUGGAAUGCGAUACUGAAGCGGAAAGAUCACGAAUACUGGUUCCAGCUGGAGCCCGGCCGAGUCCUAAUCUUUGAUAACUGGCGAGUGCUCCACGGGAGAAGCGCAUUCGAGGGAUUGCGGCGCAUCUGCGGUGCCUAUAUCAGUCGAGAUGACUUUGUCUCACGCUGGAAAUUGACCAAUUUUCCGCGUGAGGAUGUAAUUGCCUCGAACAUGCAACUGCGGUAA